UAUCAGUAACUGACUUUCCCUUUCUUGUCUGGAAAAGCAGUGUCAAUUCAUUCAUCAGAUUUCAGAUAAUGAUUAAAGUCUCUUAAAGCAUCUUUUUCUUCGAAGGAUUAGUCCUUUAUCUUUGUCUUCUCUUCAUUACUUACGGGAAAUAAUUUUUCCAAAAUCCACUGUACUUAAGUUUCUCGGACUUUAUAUAGAAUUUUGCUUUAUAGUUUUUUGUUUGUGUAUAUUUGUAUCAUCACAAUUAAAAUAAUUCCUAAGGAAGAUUUCUCCUCACCUUUUUCAGAUUCUUAUGGAUCACAAGUAAAAUUACCUCCCUGACUUCAUAUUUCACAUCAAACUAUUUUCUCAACUGACUUUUAAAAAUUGUGAAUUCAAAACUGGUUUUCAUAGAUCUUCAUGGCUCAGAGGGAUGAAACACAUACCUUUUCCCUGACUCCAUACGUCAAACCAUUUUCUCAACUGACUGUUUUUCUCCACAUCCUUAAGUCUUAGAGCUAGUCUCUACAGCCUCUGUAGGAGUUCCAUUGGAAACAGGGAUUACAUUAUUAUAAGAUUUGGAGUUCGAAGAGGCCUUAUAAAAUCAUUUGUGAGAUAACCAUAGACAGAUAGGGUGGUACCAGACAAAAAUGAAGACAGAGAUAGAGAAGAGUGGUGCAUUGUCAGAGAAAAAAGUGAAAUAGGAUGGAGGGGACUAAUAAGGAAGUAGGAAGGAGAUAAAGGUAGGAUGCUACCGCGGCAAGCAGACAGCUGAGUCAGCUGAGUCACCCUCCAUCCCCUAGUUGCACACCAAAGCUCCUUUCCCAUCAAACGCUGAUGCUGGGAAGGCGGUCCUAAGGAACCCAGGCUAACCAAGUUAUAGAAGAGGUCGUGCAUGGUAUAUCUUCUAUUAGUAAAUUUCUGACUUUGUUUAGUUUGUUUCCAAACUCCCCUGGCCUUUUUCCAAAAAGUGCACGCUCUCUGCCUCCGCAGCUGGGCUUUCCGAUCACAUAGUGCAAAGUCACAGGUCGCCUACUAAACGUCUAGGUGCCACCAAGGAAGAGAAGCGGAAGGUCUGGAAGCCAGGAUUCCCGAGAGAGUACGUGACAGAAACAAGGAAAGCCUGCAGUUCAACUGCAAGUAGGGUUUAACGAUUUUUGAAAACAUCGGCUUUCUUUAAAUCAUAGUGAUGACCCCGGUGCUCCCUCCGCCUACGCAGUCCCGGACCCAUUUCUUGCUCCUCCCCUUUGCCUCUAGCGUCCACGUGCACUACACCGCCCAAUCAACUCCUCCUCUUCUUGAGUCUUUUCCCCUGUAUCCAAUCAGUGUGCCGUUACUAUUGUCAUCCCUUACCAAUAGGGGCUCCCAUGCUCUCAUCUCUAAAAGGAACAGCCUAUCGUAGUUCCUACUCCUCCGGAAGAACAAUUUCAUAGGCUUUGAUGGAGCCGUGCCCCUCCCCUCGGGCUCAUCAUGGAGCCUGCCCCUGGGCAACCUGGGUUAGACUCCAGAACCCCACUUUCCGGGUGCUCCCGGAACUCUCGGCUCAGACCUAGACCCGGAAAGCAGCCCUCUUUUCCUCCCCCGGGCCUCAGAUCGGGGGAGAACCCUGAGGAGGAGCCCGGAGUGGGCGGGGGCGCCCAGCUGGGAGGGACCCGGAAGACACCAAGCCAGCCAGCCUAUGAAACACCCAGGCCCCGUGGAACUCCACCCGGAGCCGGGGUUGGCUGGGGUCCUCGUGGACCGGCCCGUACGAGCCUUCGGCCGGUGGGCCAACUCGUCUCUGACCCCCAAGGGACGAAGCAGACGCCGGGAGGCAGCGCCCCCCGGGGCUCCCGGGCAAACAGCCGAAUGAACCCAGAGGAGGAGGAGGAAGAGGAGCGCGAGCCCGAGAAAGGGAGCCGCCCGUUCGCCGGGCGCCUUCAGGACAGCCGCAGCCUGGAUGGGCUGAGCGGAGCGUGCGGCGGGGCGGUUCCGCUCGGCGGCCCGGAACAGGGGGCAGGAGGAGGCCGUCGGGCCACCAUCUCCAGUGCCCUCGAGCUGGAGGGUACGGUCAGCCGGCAUGGAGACCUCACUCACUUCGUGGCUAACAACCUGCAGCUCAAGAUCCGUCUGAGCGGGAAUCCGCAGCCGCAGCCACCGCCGCAGCCCUCAGCCCGGUCAGCCCCGGUCCCCGCACCGUCCAUCCCGCCGAUAGAUCCAGAGGUGUUGCGGGAUCUGGAGCGGCUGAGCCGGGAGCUGGGUGCCCGCGUGGAACGAUUGCUUCGCGGGCUCGGCGGCGCAGUGCAGGAGCUGACGGCGCUGAGCGUGGGUUGCAUCCAGACUUAUCGAGACGCGGUGGACUCGUUGGGAGAGGCGGUGGACAUGAGCAUCAAAGGCAUGUACACGCUGCUGGCCCGAUGCGAGGAGCUGGAGCGGGCCCUGCAGCCAGUCCAGGGAUUGGCCCGACAAGUCCGGGACAUCCGCCGCACCCUGGAAGUGCUGGAAGCUCUCUGCAAAUGAGACUGGAGAGGGUUGGGAGCACCCCUACGCUCUCAGGGAAGGGGUGGUUUGGUGUGUAUAACGAUGGGAUUAGACCAUAAGGGUUCGGUCUGCAGUUUCCUGUACCCCCCCUCCCCCAACCUCAAACCCUUCGGGAGAAGAUGACACUUGCCGGGGGGGGGGGGGGGGGGGGAAGAAGUAGAGAAACGGCUCCUUCUCACGUGUCCAUCGAGCCUCUCCUCAUUCUGAGAUUUCCUGGUUAUGUGGAUAAGAGCCUCUUACAGAUAUGUGCAGGGAAGCUUUCUUGUAUGUUGGGGAGGGAGUAUCUUCCAUAUGAGAUCUAGGUCCUUUUAAGGAUGGUAGGCCAGUCCUGCUCUGUCCUGUUCUGUCCCGAAGUGCUGCUCCUACUGACUCUCUAGCUGAGGCACCAUACACCUAGGAGUGCUUUGGGAUCAGGUUUGAAGGUAAAAAGAUGUGGCCAUUAGAGGGGGAACAAAAAAGGGACUUCAGCCCCAGCUGUGACCACCAUAUUGUGAUAGCUACUGCAGGGACUGACUGACAGCUGGUGAAGCUAGUGUGUUCAGAUGAACUUAUAUUAAUUGCAAGGAAUGUCCCAGUCUUUCCACUGUACCCCAAAACUUUAUCUUCGCCCAUAUGAGGUGUGCUUCCAACAAUGGUGAAGAGAGGAUCUUACUAUAUACUAAGUCCUGAAUAUUUGGAUUCCUGCAGGGAGUAAGAGCUAGGUUCAUUUCUUCUUGAAUUCAUAUAAGAAUUGUUGAUAGUUUUGAACCUGUUGUGGAGUUUUCUGAUCUUGGCCUAGGAGCCAACAUUUUUGACUUUGAGUUGUGUCGAAUUAAAAUGCUGCUGCUCUUAACAAUGAAA